AUGAAGAGCUGGUUAGAAGCCAGCGGUAUGGAGGAUGGAUCACUGCCAUGCAUGCUGGCUGAAACUCGUGAAGCUCUCCUUCCCAUCACAGGUUGUGAGAACAUGGCGCCUAGAAAACGUGACAGAUCCUUAGAGCCUUGUGCAGUAUCGGAGGAGGCGUAUUUAUCCAGUGGCGCCGGAUCUCCAUACGCUGGUUUAUCCAGAGAAGAAAGACGACGAAGACGGCGAGCUACUCUAAAAUAUCGAACAGCACACGCAACUAGGGAACGAAUUCGUGUAGAGGCAUUCAAUGCGGCCUUCGCAUCACUACGCAGACUUCUGCCAACCCUACCACCAGAUAAAAAGCUCUCGAAAAUUGAAAUACUACGUUUAGCUAUAUGUUACAUCGCCUAUCUAAACCAUGUUUUGGAUGCGUGA